UAAAUAAUUUAAAGGCACUGAGCUUGUUCUAUUAUAAUACCCUCUAAACUCACAACAACAAUCACACACUACUCUUGACCUUCCGCAAACAUGAGAAUCUUCUUCACUCAUCUUAUUGACUACAUCAUCAUUGUUAUUGGUUUCUUCUUCAUCACUCCAUCAACCUCUUUCGAUACUUUAACCGGAACACAAAUCCUCAGAACCAACCAAACGCUAUUGUCACAAAACCAAUCCUUCGUGCUGGGCUUCUUCAGAGGUUCCAACACCAACUAUUACCUCGGAAUAUGGUACAACAACAUCAAUCCUCAAACAAUAGUUUGGGUUGCAAACAGGGACAACCCUAUUGAAACCUCCACAGGCUAUCUCAAGAUUGGAGACAAUGGAAACUUUGUCCUCCUCAAUUCAUCCGGGAACCCUGCAUGGUCCUCCAACCAAACCCACGCCAAGAAUCCAGUUCUCCAGCUCCUUGAUACCGGUAACCUUGUUCUCAAAGAUUCAUCAGACAAGACCAAUAAUAACUACUUAUGGCAGAGCUUCGAGUACCCAACGGAUACCUUGUUACCAGGGAUGAAGGUCGGUUGGAACUUGGACACAGGAACAGAGAAGCACUUAACAUCAUGGAAGGUCACAGGUGAAGACCCUUCAAGCGGGGACUACACUUUGAAGAUAGAUUACCAUGGUUUAUAUGAGACUCUCCUCAGGAGAAACCAAACUAUAAUAUGCCGAAGUGGUCCUUGGAAUGGUGAGAGAUUCAGUGGGAACCCGGCGAUGAAAGACAACACCGAUGGUCUCAAGUUCAAUUUCACUUAUGAUGAUCAUGGUGCGUGGUACUCUUUUUCCGUUACAAGACCUUCCUUGUCGAGGAUAAUUGUGACAUCUGAUUCUGAUGGCGAGUUUCAACGCUACCUGUGGAUACAAGGAAGAUGGAACAAGUUCUGGUACAAACCGUCGGAUCAAUGCGACCAUUACAGGGAGUGUGGUCCGUACGGAGUGUGUGACAAUAAUGCAUCGCCGGUUUGCACAUGUAUGAAAGGGUUCAGCCCUAAGAACCCUCAGGCUUGGAAUCUGAGAGAUGGAUCUGAUGGGUGUGUGAGGAACACGGAUUUGAAUUGUUCCACUGACAAGUUCUUGCAUCUUGAGAACAUGAAGCUGCCGGAGACUAGCAGCGUGUUUAUAAAUAAGAGUAUGACACUUGAUGAAUGUGGGAGUUUGUGUAAGAGGAAUUGUUCAUGCACUGCAUAUGCAAACAUUGAUAUCACAAACGGAGGAAGUGGCUGUAUUAUGUGGAUUGGUCAACUCUUUGACAUGAGUGUCUACCGUACGGAUGGCCAAGAUCUCUAUGUCAGAUUGGCUGCAGCUGAUAUAGGAUCUACUAACUCCAACAAGAAUCAUAGAGUAGUACAGGCUAUUAGCAUCACACUUACUGCACUUGUUUUAGUUUUUGGAUUGGUUGCUAUUUGUUACUUAUGGAAGAAGGGAAAACAAAGAUCUAGAGCUGCUAUUUCAGGUUUUGUCCACAGAAAUCAUGAUUGGUUAAUGAAUGAGGUGGUGCCUUCUAGAAGAUACUUGGGUGAUGAAAGGAACAUGGAUGAUCUAGAGUUGCCAAUGUUUGAUUUUGAUACCUUAAUGAUGGCUACGAACAAUUUCUCUCAAGAUAAUAAACUUGGAGAAGGAGGCUUCGGUAGUGUUUAUAGGGGCAGAUUGAUUGAAGGCCAAGAAAUUGCUGUGAAAAGAUUGUCAGAAGACUCUGGACAAGGAAUUGAAGAAUUUAAAAAUGAAGUCAAAUCAAUUGUCAAGCUGCAACACCGAAAUCUUGUUCGGUUGCUUGGUUGCUGCAUUAAGAAAAAUGAGAAGAUGUUGGUGUAUGAAUAUAUGGAAAAUAGAGGCCUUGAUUCCAUUUUGUUUGACAAAUCAAAAAGAUCAUUGCUUGAUUGGGAAAAGCGUUACAAUAUUAUAUAUGGGAUAGCAAGAGGACUUCUUUAUUUGCAUCAAGAUUCAAGAUUUCGAAUUAUUCAUAGAGAUCUCAAGACAAGUAACAUAUUAUUAGAUAACGAAAUGAAUCCAAAGAUAUCAGACUUUGGAUUAGCUAGAAUUCUUAACAAAGAUCAAAUCCAAGCAAAAACAUUAAGAAUUGUUGGAACAUAUGGUUAUAUGUCUCCUGAAUAUGCUAUGGACGGAAACUUUUCAGUAAAAUCUGACGUUUUUAGCUUUGGAGUUAUUGUAUUGGAGAUUAUAACUGGAAAGAAGAAUAGAGAAUUUUAUAGUGAUGACGAUGAAUUGAAUCUUUUGGGAUAUGUAUGGAGGCAUUGGCAUGAAGGAACUGUAUUGACAUUGAUUGAUCCAUCCAUUGGCAAUUCAUACAUAGAGUCUGAUGUUAUAAGAUGCAUACAUAUUGGACUUUUAUGUGUUCAAGAACAUGCAGAAGAUAGACCAACAAUGUCUUCAGUGAUCUUAAUGUUAAAUAAUGAAGUUCCAUCAUUGUCAUAUCCUAAAAAUCCUGGAUUUUUCGCAAGAAAAAAUCAUCCAGAGACUGAUUCAUCUUCAAAUAAACAAGAUGAAAUAUGGAGUGUGAAUCAAGUCACAACGACAAUGUUAGAAGCUAGAUAAUUAAAGAAAAAGGACAUCAUCCAUGUUUAUUUUUGUAUAUAUUCUGAUCUCAAACAUUAAAAAAGAAAAUAGAGACACAUUCUACUUC